AUGCCCUUUAAACUGUACGUUGCUACACUUUUCAAACUGUCAAAUAACAGUUAUUUUGUUUGAUUUUGCACAAUUUUGCUCAGUUGAAAUGUGAAAAUUGUCGUGUUUGCCAGGAAAUUAAAGUGAAUUAUGAAAAAUAGAGAAUAAAUUGUGAAAUUGUAAAAAAUAAUGGUGUAACAUGAUGAAAUUGUGAGUGUAGUGCGCGUUUUAAUCGUAGUGUGUUGUUAUAUAGCCGAGGAAAGUUGAAAAUUAUCCAGCUAUUACCGAUGCAAAUUCAAAGAUAACUCUUGAAUUCGGAACGGGAUCUUGUUAAAUUGACAGGGGUCUGCGUCCGUCCACUCUAACACAGGAGAAAAAGAUGCUGAUCAAGAUCAAAUUGAAGUUAGUCUGCAGAUUCGAAAAUAAUCAAGAAAAUUCAAAAAACUCGUGACAGAUUUCACCCAACAUUUUUCCUUGGCUGUAUGGCUGGAUUCCCGUUCAACAAUCAUCGAUAAAACACACUGCAACCAACAACCACUUCACGCAACAUGUUCGAUGUCAGAGACAACAAAACAGCCCGCUUUAGACAUUGCCGAACAAUGGAUGUCGCAACGAACAUUUAGUUUAGCUUGAGAAUUCGUGGAAAGUGGUUGAGCGAGCGGAGUCUAUGCGCGUUGUCAACGGGAAUAAGAAGAGUCACAACAACGGUUCGUUUACAGUGAUGAAGUUCAUUGAGGAGCUAUAACAAAUAACAUAAGAUAUUCAAGUGUGCAAAAAAUUUGUGAAAAUCUGAAAAUUUUGAAUGAAAAGAAAAUCUAAAACGGAAAUUGAAAAUAAAAUAUUGAAGCAAGUGCAAAUUAACCUAAUCGAAAUUGGAAUGUUUUGAAAUCGAUAAGAUAAGGAGUUAAUGUGCAAAAAAAUAAAACAUAUGGAUGCAGUGUAGUAAAAGUAUCGGAAAUACCUACGUAGUGAAUAAAAUAUUGAAAAAAAAAAUAUCUAAGUAAAAUAUUGAAAUAAUACCACAACAGUUAUAUUGGUGUUUGAUUAUGCUGAAGUAAAUGAGAAUUACAGCUGACGACGACUAUCUUAUCAGUGAAAUGAGUGAUAAAUUGUGAGAAAAAAAAAAAAAAAAACAGAAGCUACCUACCGGCUGAUUAAAAGCGGAAAUCCCCUUCAAGAAAAAUUUCAAAACUAAUUUUUUGAAAAUAAGCUCCAAUUGGAAAAUAUAUCCACUUUACAUUUUAAUAAUCAAAAAAUUGAAAAUAAUUUUGAAUGUCAAUUAUUUUGAGUGAAUAUUGAAAAAAGUGCCAUAAAAAUAAAAAAAAUAAUUUCCUCAAGGAAAAUGUUUAAAUAACUCGAAAUAAAUAAAGAAAAAUAAGCAGUUGGAUUGGAGUUUUGAAUAUUCAAUAUCAUCGACGAACAUCAAGGAAUCCCCCACCCAUAUAUAUCCCGACAACCCCCCAAGUAACCACAAAAUCUUAUUAUGGAGGACGAACUACGUUGUCCCACAUGCAAACAGCUUUUUGCUAAUCCUGUUUUGUUGCCCUGCUUCCAUGCCCUGUGCCUGGGCUGUGCUUUGGAUAUACAGACACCCUAUACACCUGGUGCCAUUUUGGCCUCGGUUACGGGAGGCGGUGGUGGUUCAUCGUCCCUGAAUGGUGGUACCCUACACAGUGUUGCCGCCACAGUACAUCCCCAUCCAUCUGGUCUGGCUGCCGGUGGAGGACAUCAUUCACAUCCCCACAAUCACACACAUCCCUCGACGACCCGACACUCGUCCAACAGUUCAGCUGCCAGUACGGCCAGUUCAGCCACCGGCACCGAAUCCGUAACCUCAGAUCAAGAUCAGUCCGAUAAAGUCAGCAUCCUCAGUGAAGCCGAUUCGGGUGUUGUCUGCUGUUCGAACACCUCACGACCCGUGUCGUAUGCCGGUACUGGACACAUUACCAAUCUUCUACAGGGUGCUGCCUCAGCUCCACCAGGUGCUGCCUUCAGUCUCACCUGUCCACUUUGCCGUAAAAUUGUCUUCUUUGACGAGGGUGGUGUUCGCAAUUUACCACCCUACCGGGCCAUGGAAUCCAUUGUAGAUCGUUUCUGUGCCCGUGAGGCGUUGCGUUGUCAAAUGUGUGAAACAGAUCCCAAGGUCGCUUCGUUGGUGUGUGAACAGUGUGAAAUACGUUAUUGCGAUGCCUGCCGGGAGCUAUGUCAUCCGGCUCGCGGCCCAUUGGCCAAACACAAUUUGGUCAAACCAAAGGGAGCGGCCCAACAACGCGAGUCAGUGUGCGGCGAACAUGAGGAGGUCCUAUCAAUGUAUUGUCUCACCUGUAAGAUACCAGCCUGUGCUGAGUGCAUCAACGAUCAACGUCAUCCACAACAUGAAGUCCAGCCGAUCACCACGACAUGCAAGGCACAAAAGACGGAACUUUCACACAAUCUGCAACAAUUGUCAGAAAAGGCACGCUCCACAACAGAGUUUAUACAGCGGCUAAAAGGAAUGAGUGACAAAGUAACGGAAUCCUGCAUAGAAUUCGAAAGACUGGUCACUGCCCAAUGUGAGGCCCUCAUCCAAGCCAUACAUGAUCGCCGUGAAUAUUUAUUAGAGGCCAUACGCAUGGAUAAGGAGACGAAAAUAAGAAUAUUAAAGGAUCAACAAUCAAAUUGCACCGGUAAACUGCAACAGACCACAGGGCUUAUCCAAUUCUGCAUUGAGGCCUUAAAAGAGACUGAUAGUGCUGCAUUCUUGCAGGUUGGUUCAAUGCUAAUAAAUCGUGUUGCCAACACCGACAUGACCUGGCACCAAGAAGUUACCAAUGCUGCACCAAGAGUAUCCCCCAUUGUAGACUUGACGCUGGAUGAUGCUGCGGUUUUGAGAUCAAUUGAUAAUUUGAAUUUCAUACAAAUGAAACCUGCCAAAGAUGGAGAUGAAAGGCUGCCAGCAGCUCCUCAACCACCUGCAAUUAUACCCGAAGAUUGUUCAGCGGAAAAUAACUCCGUUACUGUGGCGUGGCAGGCACCAAAUCAUUCCUUUGUUGAGGGCUAUGUCUUGGAGCUGGACGAUGGCAGCGGUGGAGAAUUUAGGGAAGUUUACUGCGGCAAAGAGACCAUUUGCACCGUUGAUGGCCUACACUUUAACUCCAUGUACAAUGCCCGUGUCAAGGCUUUCAAUAGUGCCGGAGAGGGUGAAUACUCGGAACUUAUUGGCUUGCAAACGGCUGAAGUUGCCUGGUUUACCUUCGAUCCUGUCUUAAGUGGUGGUCCCGGUUCUGGUCUAAUCUUCAGCAAUAAUAAUGCCACCGUCUCUGUGGAGGGCUGGGAACAUCGUGUCGCCUUAGGUUCCGUUGGUUUCUCACGUGGCAUCCACUAUUGGGAAUUCACAAUUGACAAUUACACCGCCGACACAGAUCCAGCCUUUGGUGUGGCACGCAUUGAUGUUAAUCGCAACAAAAUGUUGGGUAAAGACGAAAAAUCCUUUGCCAUGUACAUCGAUCGCCAGCGUUCAUGGUUCCAGCAUAAUUCGGUGCAUGAGCGACGUGUCGAGGGUGGCAUCAGCACGGGCAGCACCAUUGGUGUGCUAUUGAAUUUGGAACGGCAUACAUUGAGUUUUUUGGUUAAUGGCAUGCCUCAGGGUUCCAUUGCAUUCCGUGAUUUAUAUGGUGUAUUUUAUCCGGCUGUGAGUAUUAAUCGCGGUGUUACCCUAACAUUGCACACGGCCUUGGAUGCACCACAAAUGGAUUAUUUUUGAAUUAAGAAAGGCAAAGGAGGAGGUGGAGGAUAACUGAAAUGAAAAGGAAACCGAGGAAGAAGAAAAUGUUCUCUGUAAAUAUUUGUUUAAUUAUAAGGUUUGUAUAUUGAGUGUGUUUUUUAUCAUUGAUGAAAAUCGUAUAUAUAUUUAAAUGUUUAUUAUUAUUAUUAUUAUAAUUAUUAUAUAGUUGGUAGUAGUUACAUAUCUAAAUUAAAAAUAAUAAUAUAAUUGAAAUUGUGUAGUGGUGUUAGGUACAAUGUCUAAGAGAUUUAUGAAAACAAAAAAAAAAAUUGAAAGGGAAAGGUAAAAAAUAUUUCAUUAAAUGAUGAGAACAGAACUAGAACCGAAAAUCAAAGUUUAGUAUAAAUUCUUAGUUUGUAGUAGCAAGGAAAAAAAUUAAAAAAGAAAACCCUUAUUCAAUACAGAGCGAGUUGGACGUUCUAAACGUCAGUUCUAUUUUUCUUUAAAAUAAAUUAAAGAAAAAUUAUAGAGGAAAAAAGAACGGAGGGAUGUCACAAAUAAAGGGAUUAUUUAGA